AUGAAUCACCCUCUGCCACCUCGACCGAACUUCAUUCCUUCCCUAGGCGGUCCCUCCAAACCAUCCACCAUCCUUCCCACGCCCAAUGCCGCUGCCGCUCCCAUCAUCAAACCUACAGUACCACGUGUAGAUCCAACCAAAUGCUCUUCCUGUUCUUCCCCUCAACCUAAAUAUACUUGUCCAAGAUGUUCCAAGCGAUCCUGUUCAUUGGAAUGUUCGAAGAAGCAUAAGGCUGUAGAUGAUUGCUCUGGUGUAAGAGAUCCAACAAGUUUCGUGCCGCUUACUGCAUACGGUCAAGGAGCUUGGUCAGAUGAUUAUAAAUGGCUAGAAGAAGGUAGAAGGAAAGUAACUCAGUGGGGUGAGAAUGUAGGCUAUCACGAGAUGGUAAAUGCUACGAAAAAACCCUCGAAGCAUACGCAUACGGAGAAGAGGAAAGAUGGUAAGAUCGUCAAGAAGAGGAAUACGAAAAAAGAUUUGUUGAAGAGGGAAUUGUUGAUGGGUCAUAAUUGUCAUAUGGAAUAUAUGCCAAUGGGUAUGGAGAGGAGGAAUCUGAAUCAGUCAAGUUGGAAUCCAAGGACGAGACAGUUGUAUAUCACUAUUCACCUGACUAUCCCUACUUGUAUACUCGACCCACCAUCUUCAUCACAAACCAAGACCAUCGCCCAUACAAGAGUACUGUUCUCGUCUCCGUCUCCCGACAGAUCACCCCUUCCCACACUCUCAUCACUACUCACGCCCCUACCUCCAACUUCGUCCAAUAUAACAUACGUCCUUCCAUUCCAAUCCACCCCUUCACGGCCCGCACCAGACCAUACAAAAGGUCAAAAACUAUUUUAUCCGCCUCUCGAUCCACUGAAGCCUAUCGCAGAAGCUUUGGGCGGUACGAGCUGGGUGGAGUUCCCAAUUAUCGAAUUGAUGGAGAAGACCAAGUGGGAUGAAGGGCUACAGCAAGGUGAAUUCGUGGUAGUACCAUUGUCUCAACCACCUAUAGCACUUAGAUCGAAAGAUUCUGGCUGGGGGAAGAGGAAGGUCGAGGAUGUAGACAUACAGGAAGAUAGGGCGGAAAGCUCAAAGAAGGCAAAGAUCGAUGGGAAAGGGUUGAUGGCAUUGGGCGAUUAUGGGUCGGAUGACGAGGAUGACGUUGAUGAUGAUUUGGAUGACCAAGAAGAAGAAGAUGAUGAUGUUGCGGAUGAUAGUACACUUGAAGGUGACCAGGAUCACGAGCGGGAAGAGGGAGACGGGGAAGAGCCGUCGAUGGAGGUUCUACAAGCUGUUGGUGCUGCUUUGGUUGCUGAUCUAGGUGGAGCAUGA